AUGAUUUAACUGUCUUCUGUAGAGAGAACAACUAUGAUAGAGUUAUUUUCUACAUUUUUUGAUCGCUUGAGUUCUCAUAAUCCCUAAAGAGAGUAAAUGCUAAAAUCAUUAUACUAAUUUAAAGCAUUACUAUAUGCAAACGAUUCUGGAAUAGAAAAAUAUUUACAUGAUCUAUAAGGAUAAAAAUCUCCACUUAAAAGAGAUAAUUCAUAAACUAAGAAAUCUAGUAGUGUUAGAAAAGAACAAGAACCAAUUAUGCGUCAUCCAAAACGAAAAACAUUAGGAUGUGGACAUGAAAUUGAUGUUGUAGACUCUUCAGGAGAAUGUCUUGUAUGUACAACAUAAUCAGUAAAUUUUAUAUUAAAAAUAGCCUUUUGAUGAAUUUAAAUCUAAAUGUGUAAAUGUCUUUAAAGCACUCUAAUCCUUAGACAAUGAUGAUUUCUUUAGAGUUUUACAAUAAUUAGAUGUAAAUCAAUAAACUUUAACAUUAGGACCCUUUAACUAUCUCUCUUUCUAAAUAAAGAUGCCAAUCCUCUACAGGUGAAUUAUUUAAAGACCCUAUGAAUUAUUCUAGAAUGGCAUUAGCAGAAUAGCAAACCAACAUUCAAUAGAUUAUAAGAAAAUGUCUUCGAUGUAAUAAGGAUAUCUAAAAUCAUGAUUCUAAAAAUAUUAGUUACUUUUGUAAUUCAUGUAAAAACUUUUGA